CUCGCGGUUGCCAGGGGCAACACAAGCACCAGGCGACGCUGGCGGGCAAAGUCACGAUUAACCUGUAGUUUUCAGCUAAUUAGAUUAUUAAUUAGUUACGUUUGAGACUGUUUUCAUUUUCAUUACUAUUUCAUAAUAUAGAUAAUCGACACUGAGCGGAAAUGCCACCAAAGGCAGCUAAAAAGGGCUCAGCCAAAAAGUCCAGUGCUGCUGGCGCCGCAGGUGGCAACAAGAACUGGGAGGCUGGUCUCACCAGAGCAGAGUUUGAAGAGGAGUCGUGGCGGGCCUGUGUGUCUUUUGUGGUUGGAAGAAGUCCAGAAGAUGAAGAACUGAUCCGUGCUUUGGCUUUGGCCGCACAACAACCACUGCGCAAGCUUUUCAGCUGGUUGACCUGGGACAGCUCUCUUGCUAAGAUCCACGAACUAGGAAAUCCCAAAGCAAAAAAACCUGAUGAGGUUCCCCUGUUCUACGAGGUUACAGAGCCUGCUAAAGUGCUGCUGGAUGCAGGAGAGGAGAUUCCCUGUGACCUGAUGGCAAAAAUACUAAAGUUCCAACUGCUGCAGAUCAAAGCCAACGAUCAGCAGAGGAGGGAAGCCGAGCAGACUGAGGAGGUAAAGACAAAGGCAGGUCCUCCUGCUUCCGGCAAAGACAAAGGAGGGGCCAAGGGACCUGACAAAAAGGGGAAGAGUCCGCCCUCACCUGUGGGAAAUUCCAAGGAGAAGAAGACCAAGCUGAAACGCAGAGAUGAUGUUGAGCCACCAGAGUUCAUAGAUGAUGAACCAGAGGAUGGUCCUCAACACUACAUCCUGGUCCUGGGUUUCCACCAGCCUCACUUGGUUGCGGAGCUUGAUGCCAUAGGUGUACACGUAGCCAGUGUCAUCAAAUUGUGUUCGGAGCCCGCACAAACUUCUGAGGGGCAACAGGAACAACAUACUAGUGAGGGCAGUGAGCAGAGUCUGAGAGCGUCUCCAGUUUUGGAUGCAGAUGAUCAUGGUGGUGUAGAGCUGGCUGCACAGGCCAGGAAGUUGGAUCUAUUCUGGUCAGGUCUGAGAUCAGUUCUGGACAGCGGGCCACUGGAGUCCAAGCUCCAUGAUGUUGCUCAGCUCAACUACACUGUCCCAGAUCUCUCGGCUCCCUUUCACACACAGGAACCAGAGGUUGAGCUGAAGAUGGGAAUCCAAAUCUUUGAAGGUGUGGUCAGUCUCGUUUAUGACUGUCUGGACUGGCGCAGGCAACAUGAACACUACCGGAACAACAUGAGACUCAUUAGUGUAGCCACUGUUGUUGAGUUGGAUCCACAGCCUGCAGAGGUUUUGCCGACUCCUCUCCCCAUGACUCCACACUCCAAGAAGAAGUUGGUGCGUGAGGAAAACCCACCACAAGAGACUGAAGAACUUCCUCUCUCUCCAGACGUGGACAUGCGUUACUAUAGCAACCUACUUGACCUGGUUCCCCCUGAAGCCUGCUCUGUGCCUCUAAUUUUGCACUGUAUGCUGGAACAGGUGGUGAUUUCAACAGAGCAGUCUUCAUUAGCCCCAUCCCAUGUGUCUGAGGAACCCAAACCUCACAGUGGUCCCGGGUUAGACCAUGAGCUGGUCAGCUUCAUGCUCCAAAGCUUCCUGCCUCUUGUACACACAAAAGAGGAGAGAAGCCACAUGUUAACCAGCCUGCUGACUACAGCCCAGAAUGAAGAGGACAAGAAGAGACUAGCUGAGACUUUUGGAGCAGAGGAGACUCAGAAGAAGUCUGAGCAGCCUCUGGUUAUCAGGCACCACGAUGAGAGGGCACUGCGCUUGAGGGAUGUCCAUGCAGUUGAGGGUUUUGAUCCAUUGGAGGUGGAGUUGUCCAUGAUGAGGCUGUCUCCAGUGUGGGAGUUGAUUCACUCUGCAGCUCAGCAGAGAGACAACAACUUGCGCUGGAUGUCAAUCAAACAGCAGCUACAACACUUCUGCACAGGCGAUGUUGUGCCAUGGCUGGAGGUGGAGCGUUUGUUUCAUCAGAGUGUCUUUGAGAGUAUGCCACUGACCAGGCUGGACCAAAAGGGUGUACUAUUGAAUGCUCAGGAAGCUCUGGGAAGACUUGAACCAGCACAGCAGCAGACACCCACAAUAAUCCCCUGGGACAACCCAGCAUCCUAUGCUAAAAUGCAGCUUAAUAACCGACGGACUAAAGGUCAGACAUUUCUCACUGAUGACCCUGCUAACACAGAGCAGAGAAGUGGGAGAGUGUGCACCCAGCUGGAGUUGUCUGACAUUCAGAGUUGUAGGCUGAGAUCUCUGUUUGACUGGCACUACGCUGAACACCACAAUGCCUCUAUCUUCCCACAGGUACUCCAGUUAGCUUCAGAAGAAUAUCGCUGCUUGGACACUUUCAGAGGAAGUCAUAACAAAAUCCUGUACAUUUUCUGCCACAAUCCAAUGAGCCCUUAUCACCAGUGCAAGGAGUUCUGGGAUGUAGCCCUUCACACUGAUGUCAAGUUCAGGAAGUACCUGGAGUAUGUGGCAGACACAAUUUCUGAUUGGACAAAGGAGGAGGAAUUAAAGAGAGAGGCAAUGCAAGUCAGAAAUGUCAGCCCUGCUGAUUCUCCGAAAGCAGAUGAAAGGACUACAGAUUCUGCAGAGGAGGAGGACACCCUGGAGCCAGUCAUCAGAAAAGAUUCCCUCAAAGCCUGGAAAUUGGAGCAGGAGCGACUGAAGGAGGAGGAGGCGGCCAAGAAAUUAAAAGAGAACGUACCAAAAGGCAAACAGCGGCAGGAGGACGCAAAGUCAACAGACAAGAAAAGUAAAACUUCGUCUGAUGGAAAGAAGAGCCAAGCGGCGACAGCACGCAGCUCAGCCAAAACUCCCAGAGAGCCUGUUACACCCCCUGUGGAGGAAAACGAAGAACUGCAGCCGGCAGAGGAACCCGUCAAAGCUUUCACAGGCUACAGCAUGGAUGGAAAGUUGAUCCAUGUGUCAGGUCGUGUCCAGUAUCUUUUCCCAUCAGAUGGAGGACACAUCACUGUGGAGACUGUCAGCUAUGUUGAAGGUUCCAGCCUGAUGAAAGUGGCUGUGAAGAAGGACGGGCAUAAUUUCUACACACACAUCAACCAAGUCGUUUCAGCAAAACCUCCCCCUAAGCCGCAAGACAAAGAGAGCAACAGCAUAAAAGAAGAUGUUAAAGUGUCAGAGCCUGUGAUGAUGAAAAGAGUGAAGCAGGGCUCGCUCUCAGCGGUGUUAGACAAUGGAAUCCACCUUUCAUACAGCUUUUACGGCCCCACAGGAGAACACAUAGUAAGUCCCCAGGUAAUAGAAGGAGCGACCCCAGAGACCUCCACCCUUGUCCCCAUCCCUCUUUCCUCCUCUACCCACCGCUCAAAGGGGACAGACCUAGAUUCAGUACCUUCCAAGACACAAAGCGCAUCCAGUUACACCAGACCUCCAGAGUCCCAGUCUAAAGUGUGUGAAGGCCAGUCAGCAUCGCCAUCGCGUCCAUUCAACAGCCUCAACCUGUCUGUACCUAACGGGCUGCUGCUGCAGUUUCUGCGAGAGGAUACACGAGGAGUGUCCUCAGAGGAGCAGGGUAUGUUGGUGAAACAGGGCUUUCCUCUUCAUGGUCGAGGAGUUGUGGGGCAGCUUCGGGACCCUUUCCUCUCCAAAGAACUGUCCCGUGUUGUCACCAGCCAUGGAGCUGUGAUCCGUAACAUGAGAGACGGGUCCACAGAGGUUCUGUUUGCAGAUGGCUCAGUCAGUUUCAGCCAGGACUCCGGUCCAGUGUGGGUUCCUGACUCUGAGGUUGAGGAAGAGAACACCUCUCAAGAAGCUGACAACAAGGAAGGGCUGAGCGUAGAGAAGGAGGCAGAUGCUCAGAGAGGGCGUUGGUUAACUACGACCCCAUCUGGAGCACGCAUCUACACUGUGGGUACCACACACAAACACAUACCCACCACACCUCUACUGGCCUUCAAGACUACAGACCCCAUUACCCAUGAGGUGAUGCUGAGCCGGGAGGAUUUGGUGGUUUCUGUCCAGAACCCAGACGGAUCUCUAAGUGUUGAACAUGCAGACGGAACCAGGAUCACCAGUCUCUACCAAGACAAACCACCAAAGACACUGCAGCACAUACUGCAGCACACAGGGGAGAAGCCUGAGAGUGUGACCCUUAGAUCAACUUCUGAAUGUGUAUGCGGCUGCACUGAGUGUGUGUGUGUUACACGCUGUGCGGACAGCAUUAAUGAGAGCGUGCACAUCCAGGAUACUUGUGACAAGGAAGAAGAGAUCAGCAGGGAGGAGGAAGCUGCUGGACAGGGAAGGGAAAGUAGUGUGUAUGAGGAUGGCGAGGAGAGCAUGUCUGGGGCCGAGAACGGUAAGAAGAGUGUAUGUGAGAGCGAUAAGGGGAGUGUGUCUACUAAAGAGCGGGUGGUGUUGGUGGAGAAGGAAGGCUGUGCCACAGUGGUGAUGUACCCAGAGCGACACACGGCUCACGCCUUUUUAGCCGAUGGAACUGUCAUCACUGGGAACAAUCAAGGAGCCUACCAGGUGUUCCCAUUCAGCACGGGGCUCCUGCAGAUCCAGAGUGAUGGGACAUGCGUCUACUCGUCUGACCCACUUGAAACCCCCAGUCCAAAGGGUGGCACUCCUGCAAACCAGCCAGGAAGUUACACCAUGAGUCACACAGGCGAAGUGGCCUGUGACAUUACAGAUGCCGAUGGAAACCACUUCCAGGUGAUGCAAGAUGGGCAGUUAUCUGUGUUAAACUAUAGCCCUGCUCCCAGCACACUGAAACAGGAUGAGGAGGAGCCAGACGAGGAGGAGGACAGAGAAAUGUCCAGGAUUAAUGUAAAACACAGAGAACAUUGUCCCAGGCUCUUUAUGGUGCAUGAGGAUGGCUCAGGUACUGAACUACUGAGUUCUCAAACCGUAGAGGAACUGCUCUACCAGGCGUACUCUGACCCUACCAUAGCACUGCUGAAGGAACCUCUGCCGGACACACAAGAUGAGUUCGGCAUCACCAUCCUGAAGCCCAGCCACCAGAGUGUGUGGUCCCAGUGGUUGCUAGGGAAACAGAACCCUGACAUCACCCCUCCCAACCUCAGAAACCGCAGCUGGCAUGACUUCCCCAGAACAGAGGUACGGGAGAAGUCCCCAGGUCCUCCAUUAGGUACUGACAUGGCACAAGGUUUGACUCUGAGCGAGCGGUCGGGUGGUUCUGCAGCACAGCGUCAGCCUGUCAGGAGCUGCCCUAAAGUCCUGGAAGUGAGGGAACUGUACCAGCACCGACCAUUCACCACGCUACUUAAAAAUACUAUAGAUGCCCGACUGAAGGAAUAUAUCGAGACUUUGAUGAAAAGGGAGCAGCAAUCGGAGGAGAUGAAAAUUAAAGAGCCACGCACUGAGGAGGAGAGUGUUCAUGCCAGUGAUCUGCUCAACCUGGUCCUGUCCUUUGCCGAAGAAGAGGAUGCUGGUCACACCUUUGACAAGAGGACUUCAGAAGACAUAGUCAGUCUGUACAACCGAGGAGUUGGAGGCUCAACUGGCCAGUCGGAUGCUUCAGAAGACACAGCCACAGUAACUAGUAACAGUUUUACUAGUGGAAAGGAGUCAAAAUGGACUGAAAGGCUUGCACAACACAGACAGGAGAUGUGUGAGGAGCAGGCCUACAGGGAGGCUCUGAGGAAGAAGAAUAUUGUUCCUUAUUUCCACCUAGAAAAUAUUCCAUUAUACCAGAACCUGCUAGAGCACCAAACGGCAGACAUGAGGAGUCGAUCCAUGGAUGUCCCUCCCAUCCCCAAGUCAGACAGUGCUGACGGCAUCCUGAAAGACACCCCACAAGAGAGCACUCCUCGACCCUUAAACCCAACGCCCUCUCAAUCUACAAGACAAGAGAUGUGUAAGGAUCAGGCUUAUAGGGAGGCUCUAAGGAAGAAGAAGACUGUUCCCUUUUUCCACCCAGAAAAUAUUCCAUCACACCAGAACCUGCUACAGCACCAAACACCAGACAUGAGGAGCCGUUCCAUUGUUCUCCCUCCGAUCACCAAGAAGGCUGAGGCCUUCCUGAAAGACGUCCCACAAGAGAACAGUAAAUUAUUAUACUGUCAUUAUUUACAAGGAGCUACUGACAUGAAACUCAUCUUAAAGGUUAUCCUUUGGCAACCCUCACAGAGAAACCGAGGCUUAAUUGAGCUGAAAUUGUCCAUUUUAAAGCAACUGUAGAUGGUAGACACAAUA